CCUACGCCACCAACCUCUCCACCCUUCUCAACAACGACACCACCUGGGUGGAGCGCGCCGAGGCCCGGCGCCAGGCUUGCCGCGACCUAGCCCCCCAGUUCUGGGCCCAGACGGUGCUGCGGCGGAUGCCACCCCAAGCCCACAUCAUCGCCUCCAAGACGGGCAACGCCCGGGCGCCCUUUCUCCUCACCUGCCACGUCUGGGGCUUCUACCCCCCCGAGGUGACUGUCAUCUGGCUGCACAAUGGGGACAUCGUGGGCCCCGGUGACCACCCCCCCAUCUCUGCCAUCCCCAAUGGUGACUGGACCUACCAGACACAGGUGACCCUGAUGGUGGCCCCGAUGGCCGGAGACACCUUCACGUGCUCAGUGCAACACGCCAGCCUGGACCAGCCCCUCCUGGAGGACUGGAGUCCCGGCUUGUCCCUAGGGUUGUCAUUGAAGGUGGCCGCGGCCACUGUGGUGAUGGCAUUGGGGCUCAGCUUCUUCAUCGCCGGCACCUACCGCUACUGGGCCAGGCCACCGGCACCAGGUUACACUCCUCUUCCAGGAGACAACUACCCCGCAG